AUCAAAGAACUUAAUCAUGUUCUUUCAAUAUAUGGGUUAUCUCAAAAUCCUAACACAAAUGACUAUAUUAUGGUUCUUGAUUAUGCAGAAGGUGGAAGUUUAUAUAAUUGGGUAAACAAACACUAUAGUAAAUUUGACUGGUCAUAUAAAAUAAAUACAUUAUUUAAUAUUAUUACUGGUCUUGAAGAAAUUCAUGAAAAACAACUGGUUCAUCGUGAUCUUCAUACAGGAAAUAUAUUAUCAAUGUAUAUUACCUUGGAUAAUUAUAAUUUAAUGUGCAUAUCAGAUAUGGGAUUAUGUGGAAGAGUUGACAAUACAGACAAAACAAAACUUUAUGGAGUUAUGCCUUACGUGGCUCCUGAAGUGUUAAGAGGAGAACCUUAUACUCAAACAGCAGAUGUAUAUAGCUUUGGUAUGAUUAUGUAUUUUGUAGCAACAGGAAACCAACCUUUUUUCAAU